AUGAAGAAUGGACUGCGGGUCUUGAACAAAUUGUUCGCUAAUGUGAGCCCACAAGCGCUCAGCGUCGAUAUCCAUGAAAAUUGGUCUCACAAGUACGAGUCGUGGCCGGAUAGUUGGCGCGAUUUGGUAGAGUGGCCGAUCGAAGCGUUGGACCUCCUAAAACGGCCCGUUGCGUUCACGAUGAGUAGUUUCCCGCAUAACAUCGAACGCGAGCUUGCCUGGCUUCGAUGGAGUGGCUGUACGGCGGAGACGGCUGUGCGUAAUUCACAGCUAACAAUUUAUCGACUUCUGCGUAGUCUCGCG